UCCGAAUUUAUAAAUUUAUAUUCCAAAACACAAUUUUAAUUUUAUGUGUAAAUUAAAAAAGAAGAGAAGCAAAACAAAAAGCAGCUGCCCUGCAGCCGUACAAUUACAAUUAGUAGGCAAUAGAACGCGAGGACGUUUGCGGUGGCGGUGGCAGUGGCAGUGGCAGUACGCAGGAGGAGAGGAGAGCAUUCUGUGGUGGCUGCUUUCACUAGCACGGAGAACCAAACAGGGGCAGAGGGUGUGGGCCCACUUUCACCUUGCCCUUCCCCCUUGCAUUUAUCCUUCAUCCCCACCUGCCGGUUCACCGCUCACCAUAUUAUCAAAUUUUGCUGCCGCCUGCGAAAUUUCAACCCACUUUCCCAGCAACUGCCUUUCACCCCCCUUCGCGUUCACGAACCCGUACCCGACCACUCUCUCUCUCUCUCUCUCGUGUCAUACAUCAUACAGCAAAAAUACUGAUCCCAUUCACACAGCGGAAACACGCAUCUCACGUUCACGCUCCCACGCGCCACGCCCACAACUGCUCUCUGCAGCUAUAAGUGCCCCUUCCCCCCUCCGCAUUCGUCCCUCUGCUUCAUUCCACCGCACCAGAUUUCCUACAAUGGCCAAGAAGAAAAGCAAGAACGGAGGACAGAACACCCAAGGCCAAGGAGCGAACAAGGAGGCAGUCCCCGACGCUGUUGUCUUGAAGAUUAACUUCGACUGCCAGGGUUGUAUUGACAAAGUGUUGAAAUGCGUUAAGCGUUUUAAAGGCGUGGAAUCAAUGACACCGGAGUUCGAGAAAAACAAGCUAACGGUGUUAGGCGAUGUGGAUCCAUUGAAGCUUCGGGAAGAAAUCAAGCAGAAGACGAAUAAGGACGCCGAGAUAAUCUCUUCGCCGCCAAAGAAGGAGAAAGACAACGGCGGGGGAGGCGAGAAGACCGCGGAUGAUAAAGAGGAUAAAAAGGCAGAAGAGAAAAAAGCCAAAGAGGCACAGGUGGAUUUGAAAAUGAAGAAGCGCUGCGCCUGCGAGGGUUGCAAAAAUGGUCUGCACGAAAUAAUUUCCAAGACCAGAGGCAAUCUGGCAUUGACGAUGGAGCCAUCUAAGGAUCUGAUUGCGUUGAAGGGGAAAAUGGACGCAAAGGCCUUGGAGUCCCUGAAAGAGAAGCUGAAGAAAUACGUCACCAUCGAGCCGGAAACGAAGGACGGCGGCGGCGAGAAGAAGGGGAAAGGAGGAAGCGGCGACAAUAAGGAGAUUGCGAAGGCAGACGAGAACAAGAAGAAGGAAGAGGAGGCUCCCAGGGCAGAAGGGUACAGACUGGAGUACUUGGUACCCGCACCCGGGUACGUAUACGGGUACCCAAUUGUCCCAGCGGAUCAUAUGUUCAGUGACGAGAACCCAAAUGCUUAUUGCUCCGUCAUGUGAGAAGGUCUUGAGUUUCAUUACCAUCCAGUUAGAGCCAUAUGAAAAACUGUAUAUGAAAUAGAUAUUUAGAACUUAGAAAGGGGUUUAACGGUUGGUAUGGCUAUGGCACCAGUUGCCUUUAUUUUUUUUCUCAGGAGUGGGAUCCCUCCAAUGUCUUGUUGGUCAAAAUCAGAUAGUAUGAUUUUGUUUUGCUUCGUGGUUUAAAGAUGCCUACAGUCCCUGCAUUGUGCUUUUCCUACUGCCAAAAAGAAGUGCCAAUUUUAUUCUGUUAGUAUAAUUACAUUUGACGAAA